AUGUACAUCAACUCGCCUGGUGGCGAGGUGAGCUCGGGACUCGCCAUUUACGACACCAUGACAUACAUCAAGUCACCCGUCUCGACCGUAUGCGUGGGCGGCGCAGCAUCCAUGGCCGCCAUCCUUAUGAUAGGCGGCGAGCCCGGGAAGCGAUACGCUCUGCCGCACAGCUCCAUCAUGGUGCAUCAGCCCCUGGGCGGGACCCGCGGGCAGGCCGCCGACAUCUUAAUCUACGCCACUCAGAUCCAGAGGUUACGGGAGCAGCUCAACAGGAUCGUGCAGAAACAUAUCAACAAGUCGCUCGGGUACGAGAAGUACGAUAUGCAGGCCGUCAACGACAUGAUGGAGCGGGACAAGUACUUGACUGCCGAGGAGGCCAAGGAGAUGGGGAUCAUCGACGAGAUUCUGCACAAGAGAGAGAAAGGGGACGACAAGCCCGGUGUCGGCGACGGGAAGGUGAAACCAUAA